AUGGUGCUAUUCAGACUUAAGCAAAGAGAAGGGGAAGAUCUGCGCGAAUACGUGAAGCGUUUCUCCGCAGAGAAGCUAGAAAUCCCUGUGACGCCUCCAGAAAUCCUCGUCAGCGCUUUCAUCCAGGGAUUGCAAGAUGGAGAUUUCUUCCGAUCAUUAGCCAAAAGAAACGCCUCGACCUUCGCAGAAUUGUUGGAACGCGCAGAAAAAUACAUCAAUUUGGAAGAAUGUCGCAAGAUGAAAGAUGGGGAACGUAAUAGAGAUAUGGGAAGCGGCGACAAACGCAUUGCGCGGGCUCCACACAGAGGCAACGAACAAUUUCGAAAUAAUGUCCGUUCACUAAUGGAAAUACAGGAAGAACAGCCGGAGGCACGUUACUCCCCUAGUGCGAGAAGGAGCAACCAGUUUCCUGCGUCAGGAGGACCCAGAUUCAAGAUAGGAGAUCCACGCUUCGACAGAUAUACGGAGCUCGUUCUACCCAAAUCUGUUAUUCUCGAGCGUAUAGCCAAACACCCCAAACUACGAUGGCCAAGAGGGCAUAGCAAACCACCAAGGGGAACAGCGGUCGCGAGCGGAUAUUGUCACUUCCAUAAUGAUUAUGGUCAUGAUACCAAUGAGUGCUUCACCUUGCGAGACGAAUUAGAAAGGUUGGUGCGAUUAGGAGCUCUGUCAGAAUAUGUCAUGGAAGAAAAAAGAGGGGAUAGCGAGAAAAGGCGAAGAGAUGGAGAAGAUGAGGCAUAA